AUGUUGUUGGUCUUGGCAAUUUCAUCAUCAUUAUGGACAUUGCACCAGGUCGAUGCCAAGACCAUCUCAUUACCAAUACGUCCAGUGUAUAAUAUACCUCAAAUAGAGUCACAUGUGACUUCCAAAUCAAUUAAACUAAUAAAUGACAGCGAGCCUUCCAUGUAUGCCUCACAGAUGAAGGGAGACCUAAUUGAGAUAAGGACAAGUGUUUGGGUAGGAGGUAUUGAACAGGAGGUGAUAGUGGACACUGGAUCAAAUGUAUUAGUAGUACCUUCAACUUCAUGUUAUUCAUGCUCUCAGGACAAACCAUUUUACAGACCCUCCAAGAACAUGGAGUUCAUGUCUUGUCAAUCAGACCUCUGUCAACUACCAGAAAACUAUUGUCUUCGUACCAACAAUCAUCCAAAUGGAGUAUGUGCACUCGAACUUGGAUACAUGGAUGGUACAACAUUGUAUUCAUAUUUGUCGAAAGAUCAAUUUAAGAUGUCUUCAGAGAUGGAUGAUAUCACUCUUAACUUUGGAGCAAUCUAUAGCCAGACAAAGGGAAAGAAGUUGCUGUAUGGUAUACUUGGCAUGGGUAACUCGGAUUGCAAGGAUUGUUGGAAGUCGGCCAUUGAUGCAGUGUUUGAUGAGCAUAAUAUUACAAAGACAUUUGGACUCUGGAUCGAUGAACACUACACAGGAGUGAUGACGAUUGGUGACCUCAAUCCAUUCUACUAUUCCAAGUCAUUGUCAUACACGCCAUUGUACUCACUUGGUUCCAGUCACUACAGUAUCAUGCCAACAUAUAUCUCCAUUGGUGGAUCAAAGAAGAAUGCAUUGACACUGAGCUCUCGAGAGUUUGGCGUGUCUAUCCUUGACUCUGGAACUUCAUUCACUCUUCUGGCCUCGCCCGCAUACGAUUCACUCUACGAACAUCUCACCGAGAACUAUUGUCACAUUGAUGGAGUUUGUGACGACAAACUGUUUACUCAACAGUGCAUGCAGUACAGUGAUGAUGAAGUGGGCCUAUUCCCAACGAUUGUUAUUGGACUAGCUGGAGGUGAGAAGAUGGUCGUCGAGCCAUCAACAUACUUUGUUACACUCUACAUUAGAGGACUACGUUAUCGUUGUCUUGGAAUUGGUAAAUCACCUCUCCAGAGUACUUCAAUAUUCGGUCUAUCAUGGUUCAGAAAAUCAUACAUUAUAUUCGAUAAAGAGAAUAACAAGUUUGGAAUUGGCAAGAGGAGGGAGUUGAAGCGUCUAAUCCCAGCUCCACCUGAGGACCCUGAUGAGCAUACAUCAUUGAAGAAGGAUGUUGUCCAGACUUGCUCACUGAAGGUUCAACAUCAAAGGGUUGCCAACAACAACACUUUGUACAACAACAACAACUCAUGGUCUGCAACAAUAACCAAUAUUGGAGAGGAUAGUAUUAGUAAUAUCAGGUUAUUGUUCUCAAGUGAUAUUAUAUCAACGGAGUUGGAAGGAGAGUAUCCAAAUAAGAUAGCAUUCCCUGACUACCCAGAGUGCAACCUCAAGUUCCCAAGUCACUUUGUCACGCAGUAA